GAGAGGUAAAGAGAGAGAAAGAGAGAGGUUGGUCUCUCACUUAACUAACAAAACAGCAGUAGUUCUGCGGGCAUAAACAAAUGUACGGCACGCAGGCUUUCUGUCCCUCCACCUGCCGCGAGAGACACUUUGAUGGUCGGUUAAAUUAACCGGAUUACCAAGAGUGACACAUGCCCGCGCUCUGCUUCAUUUAACGCGGACCUCCGACAUUAUCUAUGUAUUAUUUAGACUGAAAUAACACAAAAUGACGGAGCUGAGACGGCGAGGAGGGGGAGACCCGGACAGCGCUGAAAACAUCAGUGACAAGGAAGCAGAUGGAGACGACAGGCUUGCUUUUCCUGAUGAAGGAGAUGGAGAAAUGGUGGGUGACUCCAAAGCGGAGACGCCAGACGCGCCACCUUCCACAGACAACACUCCACAGUGUCUCAACAAAGCUCUGGAGGGCUUAUCAUCCAGAUGGAAGAACUGGUGGAUAAGAGGGAUAUUGUCAUUGACAAUGAUCAUCGGCUUCUUCCUUAUCAUCUAUUUGGGACCCAUUAUGCUUAUAAUAGUGGUUAUGGGUGUUCAGAUCAAAUGUUUUCAUGAAAUUAUAACCAUAGGCUACAGAGUUUAUCAUUCCUAUGAGCUGCCGUGGUUUAGGACUCUUAGCUGGUACUUCUUGAUUUGUGUGAACUACUUCUUUUAUGGAGAGACGGUGGCUGAUUAUUUUGGUGCGCUCGUCCAAAGAGAGGAACCGUUGCAGUUCCUUGUGCGUUAUCAUCGCUUUAUUUCUUUUGCAGUGUAUUUGGCAGGUUUCUGCAUGUUUGUACUGAGUUUAGUGAAGAAACAUUACCGUCUGCAGUUUUAUAUGUUUGCUUGGACCCAUGUGACCUUGUUGAUUGUGGUGACUCAGUCACAUCUGGUUAUUCAGAACCUGUUUGAGGGAAUGAUCUGGUUUAUUGUUCCCAUCUCUAUUGUGAUCUGCAAUGACAUCAUGGCUUACCUGUUUGGCUUCUUUUUUGGAAGAACUCCACUGAUUAAGCUCUCCCCAAAGAAGACCUGGGAAGGAUUCAUUGGGGGAUUCUUUGCAACAGUGGUCUUAAGUUUUUUUUUUGCGUACCUGCUCUCUCAGUACCAGUACUUUGUUUGUCCUGUGGAAUAUGACAGUGAGACAAACCGCUUUGCAGUAGAGUGUGAGCCCUCAAAUCUAUUCAUGAUCCAGGAAUACACACUUCCCGCAGUGGUGCAGAAUGCACUAAGAUGGAAAACGGUGAACCUUUACCCGUUUCAGAUCCACAGUAUUGCGCUCUCUUCAUUCGCCUCUCUGAUCGGGCCAUUUGGUGGAUUCUUUGCCAGCGGCUUCAAACGAGCUUUCAAGAUCAAAGACUUUGCAGACACCAUUCCUGGUCACGGUGGAAUAAUGGAUCGUUUUGACUGUCAGUAUCUGAUGGCGACAUUCGUUCAUGUUUACAUAACAAGUUUUAUCAGGGGGCCGAACCCCAGUAAGGUCUUACAGCAGUUACUCGUCCUGCAACCAGAGCAGCAGCUCGGCAUCUUCAACACACUGCGCUACCACUUGCGAGAAAAGGGCCUGCUGCCACCUGCUGUAGAGGAAGCCCAAUGACAUGAAAACAGCUCAAGUGCUGUUGAACUCUGUUAGCAUUCGCCUAUGACUGUGAUCACACACUCCUAACCCUCCGCAGCAGCUCAUGGACAAGAGAGUGACGUCCAGCGCAAACCAAACCCGCACAUUCAACCUAACAGAAGCAUAACAAACACUGGAGGGAAAACGACCACAAGAGGGCGACGCGUUCAGAGCCACUGUUUCAGAUUAAAAACACAUCAACAAACAUUUAAAACAAACAUCCAAUCCCGUGGUAAGUUAAAGUAUAACACUACAGCAGACUGACAUCAUGGAUUUUGAUGGUGAUUCUGGCUUAUGGUGGCAGCUUCAGGUUUUUAAGAUGCUGUAAUUGUCAUGGGUGACAUUUAAAUGUUUAAGGCAAGACACUGCAGGUGAAUUUGGUAAGAAAUAUUCAAGUUAUUACUAAAACUAUUGGUAGUAAAAACUAAUGAUCAACAUAAUUCUCCAGUUGAUUAAUUACAUGAUGCAAAAAUGCUUUUCUUACUUUGAGUUUGUCUUGUUUCUAGCCCAAAUAUAGAAACAUUCUUAAAUCAAGAAGCAUUUUCUAGACCAAUGAUGCCCAAAGUAGGGCCUGCGAGCCAAAGUUAGCACAUGCUAACCUUUGAUUUGGCCCACCAUCCCAUUUGAAAAGAGAGAGAGAAUGUUGGGAGAGUGGUUGUGGCGAGUGGUUGUGACAGAGAUUAUGUUAUUUUAAUUUUAACGUAGCCCUUUGUUUCUUUAUGCUGAGCUACAGAAAAAAACGUACUGAAAUGACGUGUUUCAGUUAAAUGUUGUAAAAGACUCAGACUUUUAAAAUGUAAUAACUGUCACUUGACAAAACGCGAGCAAGCAAAUCAAGGCAAAGGCAGGAGCAGGUCGACUUGUGUUUUCAGCAUUGAACUCCAUGGUGUUAUAAAUGGGAUUGUUUAUGUUUUUACUGUGAUAAGUUCAUUAUAAAAUGUUAAAAUGAUACUGCAUUUGUUAAUAUGAUUUAAAGCAACGUUUUCUAGUUAUUUUGAAAUAUUUGUUGAUAAAUUAGGAAAUUACCCAUGGCGGUUUGGUGGGAAAUAUUGGGUUUAGUAUAUAUUCGCUAAGAAAAGGUUUGAGCACCCCUGUUCUAGACUAAUACAAAAAUUGUUUUGUUUUCAGAAAUAAUGAAUCAAAAUGAAGUUUUUCCUUAAAUAAAAGAAUCUGCCAGUGGGUCCAGUCCAAUAAUAUUUCAAACUGAUAACAAGAUUAUUUUAAAUACUCCUCUAGCAGAUUAUUCAGCUUGUUUUAAGGAAAAACUCUUAGAAAAUGCUUCUUGAUUUAAGAGAUUUUUAAUAUUUGGAUUAGGAAAAAGACAAACCAUCAUGUAGGAAAAGCAUUUUUGCAGUAUCAGCAUUUUUUACAUUACAUUUUUAUUAUUUUAAUAAUUUCGUAUUUUAAUGCUACAUUUAAAUAUGCAAAUGAUGGAUUAUUUAAUUAAAUAUGCACUAAUUUGCAUACAUUUCUGUUCAAAUCUGAACAAUAGUUGAAGUCAGGUUCAUAUUUACUCACUACAUAAUUCUAAAGAUGCUGCAGAAAAAAACUCACAUAAAAUUGUCAAGUUUGGUGUAUAUACUGGAGGUGUUGCUGAAGUGGAGAUUUAUGUCUACAACAAUUUAUAUCUCCAAAUUUUUAGAGAAGAUACUUUAAAUUUAUAAAGUAUAAUUGAAAUCUGAAGACACAAAUCCAGAAAAUGCCAUGAAAGAAGAAGCACUGGAAAGUGUAUAUUGUAUUUAUGUUUCUCACUAUUACACUUAACAAUCACUUUAUACAAACCCAAAAAGCCCAACUUCUUAAAGUUGGAAAUGGAUGAACUAUUUUUGCCUGAUGUGUCUCGUCUUAAAGGGAUAGUUCAGCCAAAAAUGAACAUUUCCUCAUUUACUUACCCUCGAGUGGUUCUUUCUUCUGUUGAACACAAAAUAAGAUAUUCUGAAGAAUGUUGGAAACCAGCAGCCACUGACAUGCAUAGUAGAAAAAAGCAUUUUUCCCAACAUGCUUCAGAUUAUCUUCUUUUGUGUUCAACAGAAGAAAGAAAAUCAGUCCGGUUUGAAACAACUGGAAGAUGAGUAAAUGCUGACUUUCAUUUUAGGUUGAACUAUCUCUUGAACUUCUAUGUGUGUCCUACUCCAAGCAUAGCAGAGCUAAACAGAAGCAUGUCUGUAAGUCCUACUGUUACUGCCUGAAAUAGCCAUGCACUCUUUCCCUUCCACAUUACUGAGUGUGUUUGCGUGAGCGCUAGAAUAACUCAUUUCCAUCUGUACAUAUCAUCACGUGUGUUAUUGUACAUAGAUAAGAUAUACUAGAUCAUAUAUAUGGAGAUUAUACAGUUAUUGAAGUAAUAUAUAAAUAAGGCUUAAAUUCUAUAUUAUAGGGUGUUAUGAAAUAUGCAAAAAAGACCUAGACAUGUCUUAUUUUCUUAAAUCCGGCAUGACUAAACCCCUCUCUGGGUGAACAAAUACUUGAGAUGAUAGUUUUUAGGGGUUGGGGUGAUUUGCUGUGUUCCCCUUUCUGACCAUUGGUUUUAGUUGCACUGUUGAAAGAUUCAGCUCUCCAUUAAUUUUCGUGAUUUCAUAUUAAUAAAUCAACACUGGUGCUUUGAAGAGAGAAACUAUAUUUGAGAAGGAUUUGAACAGUAGGCUGUUUAUAUGCUUUUGCUUUCAUUUUUAAAAUGUUCUUUCUGUGAUCUUGAUUUUAGCUGCUUUUCAAACAUGAAUUUUCAUGUCAAUUUGGAUCUUUCUCAAUAUUUACCAAACAAACGUGUACCAAAGUACUGUCAAUCUUGCUGUGAAAAAAACAGCAACAUCACACCGCAUUUAAUUCCAAGACCUUACAAAACAGAAGAUUUUAAAGACUGUAUCAGCACUUAUAUGAGGAGGAAUAACCUUUAGUCCUGGUUAUCAGCACACAUUAUCAUCUUAUUUCUAUUUUGAAUUAAGCUCCAGCAAGUCAAUUUGCAAUAACCGUUUAAGUUUGGGACCAGUUGAAACUGAAAUAUGACUUGAUUCAUUCCCGUUCGCAACAGGUUUACAUCUUUUCUUUUCUUCACAUCUGCUGUGUGUAGAAUGUUGUGUUUGUAGUCAUCUGAAUCCUGUCAGACCAAAAAGCUAAUAGCCUGUUUUGUGGAUGUCAGAAAUGUUUAUUAUUAGUAAUUUAGGUUUGGAUGAUUUAAUUUAUAACAUUGCCCAAUAUAUUAUAUUGUAGCGUGGCAGAUAAUGGGGUUUAAUUACAUGGGUCAUCAUGAUUUGUUUUUUAAUAUGGGAACAUUUAUUUAUGUCUAUGUCUGAUGUUCAAUUUAAAUAAAAACUUAAUAUUAAGUUUUCAGUGACAAAUAAUGGGCAAUACUGAGGAAAAAAAAAGAGAAUUACUAUUAUUGCAAUGCUAUUUGGUGAAUAAACUUCACUUUUGACUUAUGA